AUGGCUGAUAGAAAAAAAAUGUCUGGAGCGGAAUUUCGGAAACGAAAAGCCGAGAAGGAAAAAUCUUUAUCAAAGUUAGAGGGCUCAUUUUUAAAAUAUCUUCAUUUAGAAAAACAAAGCAGGCCACAAGAUUAUUCGGAAGAGAAGGAACAGGAUUUAGAACAAAUUCAGACAGAAAAUAAACAGGCAGAAGCUUUUACUGUUGAUUCACAAAGUGCGAAUAAGUUUGAUGACAAUGAAAAACAAAAAGCUCAUCAAACACCAAAUUUAGAAGUUUUGAACUAUAGUGAUCCUGGAGUUUGGGAAAAUUGUGACGAUAAUCUGCGACAAAAUCUUGUUAAUCAUGGUCCUGUUCAAGUGGUAGACUUUAAUUUUCCCAAGAAUAAUGAUAAAAGAAAAUUUUCGACAAUUCACUACAAAAGGCGCCUCAUUAAUGGUGAAUAUAUUCAUCGUCAAUGGCUUCAGUAUUCGGUGUCAAAAGAUUCAGUAUUCUGCUUUCCUUGCAAGCUAUUUUCAACGAAUAGAGGAUUGGCUUUAUGUAAUAAAGGUUCAAAUGAUUGGAAAAAUAUAUCUAUGAUAUUAGCCAAUCAUGAAAAAAGCAGCGAUCAUUUGACAAGCUUCCAAGCGUGGAAAGAAUUGGAACUUAGGUUGAAAAAAAAUAAAUCUAUUGACGAAAGCAAUUUACAUAUUAUUAGACAAGAGGAAAAAUACUGGCAACAAAUUUUAGAAAGACUAAUUGCUUUAAUACGGGUUCUUGGAGCACAAAAUUUAGCAAUUCGCGGAAAAAAUGAACGAUUAUUUACUGCUGGUAAUGGUAAUUUUCUUAAAUUUGUAGAAUACCUGGCUUUGUUUGAUCCUGUUAUGCAUGAACACCUCAGGAAAAUUACUAAUAAAGAGAUACAUGUACAUUACCUAGGAAAAGAAAUACAAAAUGAACUCAUUAGUCUUUUAUCUGCUGCUGUACAAGAAAAAAUUCUUGCUUCUGCCAAGGCUGCUAAAUACUUUGCCUUAAUUCUAGAUUGCACUCCCGAUGUGAGCCAUGUUGAACAAAUGACGAUUAUUAUUCGAUUUGUAGAUAUAAUAAACGCCAAUAAAUGUGAAAUUAAAGAACAUUUUUUGGGAUUUCUACCUCUUACUGAGACAACUGGCAUCAGUAUAACUGAACAAAUUCUUGAAAAAUUGAAAGAAAUGGGAUUGUCAAUAGCAAACCUACGUGGACAAGGGUAUGAUAACGGCAGUAAUAUGAAGGGCAAAAAUAAGGGUGUACAGCGGAAAAUUUUAGAUAUUAAUCCCAGAGCUUUUUUUGUACCCUGCAAUUCUCACUCUCUAAAUCUUGUUGUAAAUGAUGCUGCUAAGUGUUGUUUAAAUGCCACGUCUUUUUUUAAUUUGGUACAAAGUAUAUACGUAUAUUUCUCUUCUUCGACACAACGUUGGGCAGUUCUAUUACGUAACGUACCAAAUUUAACACUAAAACCACUGAGCGAUACAAGAUGGGAAAGUCGAAUAGAUGCAUUGAAACCACUUCGAUAUCAGUUGUGUAAUGUACAUGAUGCUCUCAUGGAUAUUUACGAAGAUACUACUUUGACAGGACCAUCUGGUAACUUAUCACGAGUAGAGGCUCAAGGACUUGCUAAGAAAAUUUCAGAUUACAACUUUAUUGUAUCCUUGAUUGUGUGGCAUAACAUUCUUUUCGAAAUUAACAUAACCAGUAAACUACUCCAAUCUAAGGAUUUUGAUUUGCAUGCUGCUACAAAGCAGCUGCAUGUAACAAAAACAUUUCUUGAGAACUGCAGAAGUGAUUUAGGUUUUGAAAAAAUGUUAAUAGAAGCAAGGGAACUUGCCGAAGAGCUCGAUAUUCCUCCAGUAUUUGAAUCGGUGUCCAAACCAGCUCGAUUGGGAAGAAAAAAAAAUCAAUUUUCAUACGAAGCAAAAGAUGAGCCUGUUCUAAAUGCAACGCAAAAAUUUAAAGUAAAUUUUUAUUUUGCUAUUCUUGAUACUGCGAUCAAUUCUGUUGAUGAAAGGUUUUCCCAAUUGCAACAAAUUAAUUCUACAUUUGGUUUUCUUUAUGAUUUGCAAAAAUUAGAGAAUGAAUCACACAAUAAUAUUUUAAAAAAUUGCUCGAAUUUAGAAAAAUGUCUAACGUAUGAAGAUUCAAAGGAUAUUGAUGCUUUUGAGUUGUGCAGUGAAUUGCAAGCUAUUGCAAGAAGAGUGCCGAAAAACGCGAACCCACAGGAUGUAAUUAAUUAUAUAUGUAAUUGCAACCUUUUAGACAGCAUGCCAAAUUUAGUCAUUGCUCUUCGUAUUUUAUUAACCCUUCCUGUUUCUGUAGCCAGUGGUGAGCGCAGUUUUUCUAAAUUGAAACUGAUAAAAACAUAUAUACGAUCUACAAUGACUCAAGACAGACUUGUUGCGUUGUCAACUUUAUCAAUAGAACAAGAUAUCGCUCAAACUAUUGAUUUAAAAGAACUAACUUCUACUUUCUCUAAGAUAAAAGCAAGAAAAAUGAAAAUGUAA